GCCGCCUCUCCGGACGUGCCGUAUUUUUAUUUACCGCGUUUUGUUUCCCUUUCGUUCUUUCCGUUUAUGAUUUAAGCCACCAUGUCGAAAGGCGACGGUGAACAGCAAAACGGGUCGGGCGAGGAGUCCAAGACCAACCUAAUCAUAAACUACCUGCCGCAGAGCAUGACCCAGGAGGAGAUCCGCAGCCUCUUCUCCAGUAUCGGCGAAGUGGAGUCCUGCAAAUUGAUCCGGAACAAAGGAGCCGCCUUCCCGGACGCGCUCAACCAUGCCCUCCACGGCGGAGGACAGAGCCUCGGCUAUGCCUUCGUCAACUACCACCGGCCCGAGGACGCGGAGAAGGCGAUCGCCACCCUCAACGGCCUCCGCCUCCAGAACAAAACGAUCAAGGUAUCGUACGCCCGGCCGAGCAGCGAGGCCAUCAAAGGUGCCAACCUCUAUGUGUCCGGACUUCCCAAAACGAUGACGCAGACCGAGUUGGAGCGCCUGUUCAGCCCGUACGGGCGAAUAAUCACGUCGCGUAUUCUGUGCGAAAACUCAGGAGGCCGCCCGUUCACCGGCGGCGAACAGGGACUGUCGAAAGGUGUCGGAUUCAUUAGGUUCGACCAGAGAGUCGAAGCCGAACGAGCGAUACAGGAGUUGAACGGCACGGUGCCCAAAGGUGCGACGGAACCGAUCACAGUGAAGUUCGCCAACAAUCCGAGUAACAACGGAAAGGCGCUUGCGCCGCUCGCCGCCUACCUGCCUGCGGCGCUCCGGUUCCCGGCGCCGCUCGGCCGAUUCAGCUCAGGCAAGUCCCUCCUAGCUAUAAACAAAGGUCUCCAGCGCUACAGCCCCCUGGCGGGCGAGCUGCUCGGCGGGGUGCUGCCGGGCGCCGUCGGCUCCGAGUGGUGCAUCUUCGUGUACAACCUCGCCCCCGAGACCGAGGAGAACGUCCUGUGGCAGCUGUUCGGACCCUUCGGGGCCGUCCAGAGCGUGAAAGUGAUCCGCGACCUGCAGACCAACAAGUGCAAAGGCUACGGCUUCAUCACAAUGACGAACUACGACGAGGCCGUCGUCGCGAUCCAGUCCCUGAACGGCUACACGCUCGGCAACAGAGUGCUGCAGGUCAGUUUCAAGACGAACAAGAUCAAGACGAUCUAAAUCGUCUCGGACACGGCCUAGCCGGACGCUAGGACGGCACAGCAGGCGCGCACCCAUACAUACAGGAUACCGCGGACCGCCACCGCCGCCCCCGGGCCGGAGCCCCCGGCCGAGACACACCAGACUCGAUCAGACCGUGUCUUCCUGAUUCUACGCCCACGAGUGGGCAUUUUUGUACAUUAUUUGUAAUUGUAAUCGACUAGCUCGCCGCCGCUUUUUGUUCGGCGCUCGCCAUUUCUCCGAUGCACAAUUGGGUUAAGUGUUACGGAAAUCAAAAUGGCGGAGGCCCAGUGCGCAUGUCCGGAUGAAAUGGCGCCCGCUGAAUGAAGACGAGAGCACGCAAUAAUAAAAUUAGACGAGGCAUCAAAUGCUAACAACCAUACAUAUUUAAUAGUCAAUAACGUAAUGACAAUCGACUUCGCUUAUGAAAGGUUGUGGUUAUCGAGAAAUAGGUUUCGAUUAUAAUAUUUAGCAAUAAUAGCCUAAUGCUAUUCUCAAAUUUAAGAUUCAUAUCUUACAAUAAUUUGAUUGCCGCCGGCUCGGCACGAAUUGAUAAGGUUUGCCAAAUUGUAUCGGCGCGACAUCGGACGACUCGAGUCGCCGUCGCUCACGGUAUUUACAUACUGAACGCAUUCGAAUCGGACCGGCCGAAGCCUCUACGUCGAGAGGCACGCGAUCCGAAUAAUAGUUAUUGUUAAAGAUUGGAAAAAAAUAUAUAUUAUCUAUACGUAUAUUUAAAUCUUAUAUUAAUCUAAUUAAGAAUGAAAACUAAUCAAAAACUGUGAUAGGUUUUGAUAAAAUUUUAAAAAUGAAUCUCGAGAGAGCGCGGAGAUGGCUUAAUGGUGUACAAUGGUCCACUAAAAAACUAACGAAUAUAGUUCGUAUAACUUAGGGGAUAAAGUUUCGAAUCGCCCGAACGGGACAUCGCGGUGCGCGUAUCGCCGACGAAAUUAGGUUAGUUUUUGAGAAACAUUUUGAGGUGGCUAGAGAACGGCUCACGAUUAAGGGCGGUGUCAGGUCGACACGCGCAAUCGGCGGGAGAUGGGGAAAAUCGAUUCAGCUUUCCCGGGCUCGGGUGGGCCGCGGGCCGGAUAGGACCGGGGGCCGGCUGAGCCCCCUUCCGCUACCUGCCUCCCGCGCCCCUCCCCGCUGUACCCCGCCAGAGGGAGAGGCCGGCCACCCGGGCGGACCGCUCGCACGCCGCGCCGCACGCCGCCGCACGGGCUCACUCCCUUCGCGGAACAAUGGUGCAUACUAGUCUAACGAUUUCAUUCGAAAAGAUUAAAAUCGAUGUCUAAACAUAUUAUAAUCGGUACCUGCUAUAAUAAUAAUGUAUGGAUGCGAACCUGCGUCUAUUCGAAGUAGGCUUUAAUUGUCUUAGUUUAAAUAAAAAUUUGUAAAUAGAAAAAAAGUUGUUAAAAAUAUAUAUUAAAAUAGAGCUCUCGCGUAUCAUGCGCCGCAAUCACACUUACUCAACCCGAAAUAAGACCUAAAAAACAUCGAACUUGAAUAGAUAUAAUAUCGUGCCGUCCUAACGACCCUACGAUUUUUGUAAAAAAAAUAUAUACUUAUAUGUAAAAACAGUUUUGUAACAUUUCAGAUAUUAAUAAAUAGGUACUCAUUACAUACCAAAGAUGGAGAUUAAAAUUUACAAGUAUUUAUAUAUUUAUUAUAAAUGUAAAACGUGCAAUAACUGAUAGCCUGUACUUAAUAAAAUAUAUUAACAAUAAUUGACUCGAAGAGAUGUUGGUAGACUUUGUGUCGCGCCGCGCGAUCUCGCGCGAUGGUCGGGCGCCGUUUGUUUACUGUUUAUUGUAAACUACGUUAUCCGAACUGGGAUGUUUCGAUUAUUUAACCCUAUUAGCCGACUAUGCUUCAUUUGAUACAGCUUCGAUAUGCUUACAUUCCAAUUUAGUCUUAAUAUGUUUUAUUACUAGGUGUACUCGUAUUAAUUUAGAUGAAUUGUGAGUUACCACGGGCGCCGAGCGUCGGCGGUCGGCGUAGGGAAGUCAAAAUUAGUCAAAAUUAGUCGACGGCCCGCCGCUCGGCGUCGAUAUUUAAUUUAAUUUAUUAUUUAAUAUAAUUUAGUGAGCAGUUUAGCAACUGCGGGAUGAGCGGUCGGAGUGCGAUGCACAAGUUUUGCAACCUAAUUAAAGUAAUAUAUAGCCUCCUAGGUUAACUAGUUGUUGUGUUUUGUGUUACUUUGACUCUACAACUCUUUCUAGUCGACAGCUGUUGUUUGACUUAAGUUUAUUUAAUGUAUAAUUAAUAUAAAUUUAGUUACGCGUACGUAUGUUAAUUACCUGUAAUGAUAUUUUCGAUAUUCUCUGUUCGUAGGUGACUAUGUAUCGUUCAUUUGGUGUAUGUGCAGUUGUGUUUUAUAUGUAAUUACUUGUAGGCGUACAUUUAUAUUAUUAAUUUUACUUUACGUAUUGAAAUUGGACGAGGAGCUCCAGAAUUGAUUUAUUUAUUAGUAAAAUAUAUCGGGCGAUUAAUCGAUGGAAAAUGGUUUGUCUUAAAGUAUUCCUUUCGAACGUUUUGCUUCGAUUAUUUCGAUGAUUUCGCAAGUUUUGUACUUAAUAAAAUGUACGUUUAUAUAACGAAACAAUAACACCAAAGUAUUGUAAUAAAACUCAUCGACUUUUUAGAUAAUAAAUAAUUGUGUAAACGCAAAUAUUUUGGAUUGAAAUGUUGGUUAGGAUUUUUGUCACUUAGCACCGUCUACAUAGUAGAAUGUUUUGUGCGUACUCCCUCCCGUUUCGGACAUUAUUAAUAAAAUUAAUAGUAAAUUAAUAAUAGUGCUCAAUAUUGUAGGGCGGAAGCCUUUUUAUAGAAUAACUGAAAAAGCAAUAAUAAGAUAAAUUGUGAAUUUUAAACCAAUACACACGGUUAGGUAUGUUACAAUAUAAUUAACUUAAUAUUUUUAUAUGUAUUUUAAUAUACUGUAAUUCAUAUCUACAUAGAUAUAAGCGGUUGACUUGCAAAACGUUCUACUAAUGUAUUUGUGAUUUUGAUGCAUUUUCGUCCCGGGCAUGGCUCCCCGGCGGUCAACGCCAACUUUUAUAAAGUUAUUAAAGACGCUUAAGUCUCGUAGACGUGGCCGGCCCACUCCCCGGACAGAAGCGCAUGAACGUCACGGUAUCUACAAUACUAUGCCAAUAGACUUGUGGAUAUUAUCGAAAUAUGCUAAAAACCCCGGUAAGUGGCAAGGAAUAGUAAGACCUAUUAUCAAUAGCAUACGGCUACUUUUUGAACGGUGUUUUGAUGCAUUUUUUAAUGAAAUUUAAAAUAAUAUUAAAAAUAAAAUAAUUAUUGGCAAUCCAGAAACAAUACUCUAAUACGCAUAGGCUAAUUAACGUUGAGGCUGUGAAAUUAGCAAAAAUAAAAUAAAAUACACGUGGGAUAAAGAAUGUUUUAAUUAAUAAAGUAUGAUAGUAAGUGGAUGUCACAGAAUGUCGGAGUAUUUUUGUAAUAUUGGGUAGAAAUGGAAUGUGAGAUGCCGCGCGCUUCGCCGCGACAUCGCGCGUCCUCGCGCGUCCUCGCGUCGUCGCGGCGACGGGCGACGUUCCGUCAUACUCAGAUGACAUUUCUACCUCCGUUCUGUGAGUCGGUUGAUGCACUCGAUCGUACAAACGAGGUUAAUGGCCCAUAUGUAAUAAGUAAAUCAAUUGAAUAAUUCCGACGAUACUGCGCGAACCGUUGACUGUCCAAAAUAGUUAUGGGAGAGCGUAUAGCAUUUUUAUGCGGUAAGCUUAAUCGAGGUGUAUAGGUGAUAGAGAAUGGCCUUAGUCUCGGACAUAGGCACAAAUACAAACACGGUGACCGAGUCGGACGCUAUUCUUCUAGAUAAGACACAAAUUGAAGAAAAGAAAUCUUCCAUAGGAAAUAAUAUUAAGUUUAUAUAACGUCCGCGGGCAGAAAUAUUCCAAUCGUCGGUGUCGUGUCCGCGCUCGAUGCGGCCACUCUAGUCAAAUGCUCAAUAUUUAAAGUCACAUCCGGCGCUGUGACACGACGACGCCGCGACGAAUUGUAAUAUUUUAAAAACCGUGGGCUACUCGAGACAUCGACUAAAUGUGUUACUAUUACAUCAUACGUCAAGACGCUAGCGAGAUAGUGAAUGCACAACACCUACUCUACCGCGCUGGAAUGAUCGAACGGUUAUAAAAUUAUCAAAAUCUACGUAAGUUUGCUCACCGAAUACUUCCUCGUCUUUUGGAUCCGUUUCUCUAGUAGUUACAAUAGAAAUAUUACAUUUGAUAGUUUUAUAACGCGAACUCGUUUCUGACCGAUCUCUUCACACCCCGACGCGUCACGUUUUUGCGGAUGCUGCAACUUCGAAUCGGCUCCCGUUGACUCCGUUCCGAUCACGUCGCUCAGUUCCUCACGUGUCCGCAUCCAUCAUCAUAGACAGUGAAACUUUGAAUCGGAUAAUAAUUGUGAGCCGGGGCUUCCCGGGCUCCCGGCCGAGGAGGUUACAAUAAAUAUGUAAAUAAACAGGCAACGAACAGCUUCGGAACAGUCGAGUGGUUUCGAAUUUAAAUUAAUAAAAAUUAUAUCAUGUAAUAUCAAUUUCACUGUCUAUUUAUUAGGUUAUUUUCGGUGUUGAUUCCUCUUACUGCACCGCGGUUGGUUCCCCUUACGCGCGGCGAAUUACGAGCAGUAUUAUUGUAUAUACCUAUGUAGUACAAAUGUCUAAAUAGUUUUAUUGAUCCGUUCUAUAGCAGGCAGUCUCGAAUCCAAGGUCUAAGUGUCGGAGUGUAUAGCGGCGUAGCGGGAACGAACCCAGGCGUGCAGAGUAGUAUGUGAUACCCGAUAUUAGUAGUGUUCAUCCGUAUUCCCGAAAUUUAAACCAAUCCCGAAGGCUUCGUGGUAUUUCAACCGAAACUUCCAAAUCGUGUAAGGCUAGAAAUAAUUAGGGAAAUGCGUCGUAAGAUAAAGUUAAGAUUCUCAAGAAAGUAUUGUAUAAGUAUUUUACCGACUCAUGGGUUAAGUACUAAAAGCAAUCGUAUUUAUAGUGAAAGAAUUCGUCGGCCGAUUUCCUACCGAACCCGCUGACUCCUUUGAUACAUAUAAGUAUUUUAUAAACGAAAUAAAAGAUCUUCCGGUAUUAAAAUCACUUUACCGUUUCGUUUCGUCUAUUUAUGAUUAAUUAAAAUUAAGACGUAGGUGUCUGUGUUGGUCGUACUAACAGAUUUAGUUGAUAUUGUCCGGUGGUGCGGCGCCGCACUCCGCCGCGACCCUAUUUAUAAAAAAUGCAAUUGUAUCCAAAAUCGUGCGCGGACUGUGGCCCCGCACCCCGAUCUACCUAAGAGUUAGGUAUUUCUAUAUUCUUAUUGUGUCUGUUUAAACGAUUACCUCUACUUCAUUAUAGCUUUUGUGGAGAAAAUUUUGUUUGCACAAGAAACAGUAGUGAAAAUAAGACCGAGGCUAAACCUGAACACGUCGGACACGCUCGCGUGGACUAAAAUUCCAUCGUGGGGGGUCGACGCAGAAUGUCGACAAGACGCGUACAUCACUACGCUUUGACAUUUCAUAUCUGACAUUUAAAAUCGAUAUUUAAAACGAGUUAACGCAAGAAAAACCUGCCAUAGAAUUUUUGCACGUGUAGAUUUUUCUAUAAUAUUUUUGGUUUUGCGUCGACCCCCCGGGAUGCGAGUAUCGUCUCGAACUCAGUUUUAGUGUCGUCUUAGACUUAAUGUUGUUCCCGAUAUUUUGUAAGCCGGUGGUUUUCCAAAAUGGUAUUUUAACUGUCGUUAGGAUAAGAGAUGAACGGACAUUUUGGAAAACCGCGAUUCGCCGCACUCGUUUCUAAGUGCGGCUUAGAAAUUUUUAAUAAUACUCAUUCCUAAAAAUAAGGUAUUAUUAACCAUAUAUUUACAUCUGUAGUGGUUACUUGGCUGUUUUAUGUAAUUUAUUCAUUAAUUAAUAUUU